CGUAACUAAACUGAAGGCGUUCAUAGGUAGCAUGAAACUAUUAUGAGGCCCGUUUUUACACGUUUGCUCAUUACUGUUCCGCCGUUGACAAAACAACUCCUGCAGCACAGCUUGUGAGUUAUACGAAAGCGCGGUCUGCGUCUGUUCACCACUGUUGUUGACGUUUUUGACGAAGAAAGAAAGUUUGAUCAGCUGGCUGACCGCGUGAUCGUAGAAGCUUCCAGCCAAUCAAAACAUCCGCGAAUGACAACUAGCCAAUCGGAAGCACGAACGGACGGUUUCAGGAAACUGCUACAGUGAACCUCAGAGUUGUAACUCAUCCGGCGGCGAGAUCUCUGAACUGAAACCGUUGAUCCGCAAAAACUCUUCGCAGAAAUGGACAAUAAAGACCAAGAAAAUUUUGAUCCUGGCGAGCACCAGCACUUGCGCUACAACCCACUGAGAGGUUCCUGGGUUCUGGUCUCUGCCCAUCGGAUGAAGCGCCCAUGGAAGGGGCAGAUGGAAAAACCUCCCGAGGAGGACAUUCCUCGACAUGACCCCACAAAUCCUCUGUGCCCCGGCAGCCGAAGGGCCAACGGAGAGAUAAACCCAAACUACGAGAGCACCUUCCUGUUUGACAACGACUUCCCUGCUCUCCAGCCGGACGCCCCAGAUCCAGGUGCUGCGGAUCAUCCGCUUUUCCAGACCAGAGCUGCCAGAGGCGUUUGCAAAGUGAUGUGCUUCCACCCCUGGUCUGACAUCACCCUGCCCCUGAUGCAGGUCAGCGAGAUCAAGACAGUGAUUGACAAGUGGGCGGAGCUCAUUGAGGAACUGGGCCCCAAGUACCCCUGGGUGCAGAUAUUCGAGAACAAAGGUGCCAUGAUGGGGUGCUCAAACCCCCACCCUCACUGCCAGGUGUGGGCCAGCAGCUUCCUGCCCAAUGAGCCCCACCUGGCGGACCUCAACCAGAAGAUGCACUGGAGCAGCCGAGGGGAGGUCAUGCUGGUGGAGUAUGCGCGGCAGGAAGCAGAGCGAAAGGUGCGUGUGGUGCUGGAGAAUGACAGCUGGCUUGUGGUGGUGCCUUUCUGGGCUACUUGGCCCUUCCAGACGUUGCUCCUUCCCCGUCGCCACGUGCUGCGUCUCCCGGACCUCACCUCCCAGGAGAGAGAUGCUCUGGCAUCCGUAAUGAAACGGCUGUUGACGAAAUACGACAACCUGUUUGAGAUCUCCUUCCCCUACUCCAUGGGCUGGCAUGGUGCUCCCACUGGACCCCACCUAAAGGAGGACAUGAGCCACUGGCAGUUGCACGCCCACUACUACCCACCCUUGCUGCGCUCGGCCUCCGUGCGGAAGUUCAUGGUGGGCUAUGAGAUGCUGGCCCUGGAGCAGCGAGACCUCACUCCCGAACAGGCAGCAGAGCGCUUGAGGAACCUUCCUGAGGUACACUACAAGAACCGAUCCAAAGAAGAAGGUGCAGGAAGACAGGGCGAGUGAGGAUGACCUAUCACUUCUUCUCCCCACGGUGGUGUCAGACCUGGAAUGCAAUGUCCUCUGGUCCAUGUCUUAAGAUCCCCCCUGAGAUGUGGGGGGUCUAGCCCUGUGAAGAAAAACCUAAAGCCUGGAAUAACUGAUGAUUGAUAUGCAGGGGGAAUGAAAUGUGUUGGUGUGUGAGCUAGUGGUGUCGGUGUGUUCUGAAUCACUUCUUUUCUGCCGAAUGUGAAAAUGGAAUGUAGAUCUACUGUGAACCUCAUGAAGGAGUGGACACUAAAUACAUAGGGUUGGACAUCUGUGAGAGAAAGGUGUACGACGACUGGUUCAGCAGAGGGGUGACUACUGCCUUGGCUUUAACUGUGGUAUCGACACCACUGUCUAGAUAUGUUAUUUUUUUGCCUGGGUAAAUGGGGGGGGGGGGGGGGGGAGAGGGGAUCAAUAAUGUUUGCCAGUGUUUUUUAGGAUACUGUCACAUGAAGAGGGGAAACAUUUUGCUCACUAACAUGACGAGCCAUCUUUCUGGAACGCUCCAAAUCCAACUUGGAUUCUCGAACAAUGGGAAAUAUCGAGCGGUUUCACCCAGUGGACAAAGCCCUCAAAACCAGUUUUUUUUUUUUAAAUAAAUUUUUUCUUUCGCCCCUCUACAACGAGCUUUGUGAAUGUUUCCUGGUGCAGUCCGUUGAGCUGGGGCACUGGUGGAUUCACACAGUGAGAAUAUUCAACACUGUCCGCUGCCUCCCGCUUCUCACGGGCCCACAAAGUACCGCACCUGAACCAAGAAAUAAAUCACGGUCCAUUCAAUCGCAUGCUUAGUGCCACUUCUAUUUCAGGAUGACUGAUUCAAUAGUCUUCAAACAUUCUUUUACCCCGGGCAUUCACUGAUUUUAUUAUUGUCUCCGGUUAGUUCUUAGCACUUUAUUUGUGUUAAGGAUGUGUUGUGAAAUAUUGAAAUAUUUGGCUCACAUACACAUAUCUCUGCUUAAUCUGAGGCCAUAGUUGAUGUGUUUUUAAUGAUGAUAUAAAAAGAUUUUUCCAGUUUUUUCAUUGAGAGAUCAUCUUAAUUAUGUACAGAGCAGUAUUUUUUCUCAAUCCUCAAAGAAUGUAUCUUUUGUUUUUAAUUUGCUUUAUGCUCUUAGCUUUGUUCCAGGUGCUUUUUGGUAUAUACCUGUAGGUUGAACACAUUGAACCAGUUAUUCUGAAUUUACGGACUCAUUAUAGAUUAUGCAAUAUUAGUUCUCAUUCGUUGCUAAUUAAUAAGCAAUUAUGCAGCAAUUUCAUUUAUAAAGUAAACUUAUUACAAACAGAUGUUCCUAGUGUAUUUAUGUUUCCCAUCAUGGAAAUGCCAGUUAAUUUUUAAUAAAAGUAUUUUGUGAAAAUGUGCAGAGACAAGGUGUUAAAUGAGUUUUUGAAGUAAAUUUUUUUUUUUUUUUGGCAAGACUGGCUGUUGCUGCACAGUUUGGCUGUGUCCACCUGUUAAUGUUUCUCUUUUUCUUUUUAGUAAAAGGGUACUAUUAUUUUAUACA